GCGGGUGGUGCGGCGCCGUUGUCGCCAGUGAGCAGCAGAGAUUAGGGUUUCAUGCCCUUGGGCUGUUUUGUCGGGCUUUAGGCCCAGUUUGUAUGGUCUUUCUGGAUGGGCCAACAGUUUGGGUCUUUGUUUGUUGUAGUCUGAUUGGGCUUUGGUUUUUUAUAAAAUGAUUCAGAGGAAAAAAAAAAGUCUCUCUUUUUUCUUUCUUCUCCCAGAUUCUCUUUCCUCCUGCGAUCAUCAUAUCUUUUUUUUCUCUCACUUCCUUGGUUUUCUCGGCGGCUCCAUCUUCUUUUUUCUCAGAAUCGUUUUGUUUCCAUAUUUUCUGGGAAUAAAUCUUCCUCCUUUCUGCAGACGCCAUGUCGGACAAAGGUCGUCCCUUGCCGAAGUUUGGUGAAUGGGAUGUGAAUGAUCCAGCAUCAGCAGAAGGUUUCACAGUGAUAUUCAACAAAGCUAGGGAUGAGAAAAAGACCGGUGGCAAACCCGGAUCACCCGGUAAAUCUUCUGAUGGUCAUGCUAAGUCCGGAGGAGGUGGAGGAGGAGAUCCUAGUAAACCUCAGCCUAAAAAAUGGCUCUGCUGCAUGCAGUCUCCGGCAGUGGACUCUUGAUUGACACAAAGAUGGAUUUGCUUGCUGCGAAACAAAAAGAAAGGAGUCACUUUGCUUAGAUAUCUAAAGCAAUUGUCUUUUUUUUUUAUGUUUUAUUGUCAUUUCUUGAAAGUACCCACAACUACAAAAAAAAAAAAAGUUCCUAAGAUGAGUUGGAGCCUCCCUUUAGUAUCACGAUUAUGAUUCUUCUUCUUCUUUGAAGUUGUUUGUUCUUCUAUAAAAAUGCUGUAUAAUCGUGUUGUCACUUUUAUUGGAAAACCAGAAAGAAAAGAAAAACAAAAAGAAAAACAUAGUAAUUGUGUAUGUAAUGAUUCUUAUGGGUCGGUUUUAGGGUUUAAUUUUAUGGUGUCUUUUCC